AUGCCGGAAGUGUGAAGAAAAUCCAAGAUCACAGCCUCCCGCAAACUCAUGCUGAAGAGCCUUAUGCUGGCCAAGGCCAAAGAAUGCUGGGAGCAAGAACAUGAGGAGCGUGAAGCGGAGAAGGCCCGCUACCUGGCAGAGCGCAUCCCUACACUGCAGACCCGAGGCCUGUCUCUUAGUGCCCUGCAGGACCUGUGCCGGGAACUGCAUGCCCAGGUGGAGGUGGUGGACGAGGAGAGAUAUGACAUCGAGGCUAAAUGUCUCCACAACACCCGGGAGAUUAAGGACCUGAAGCUGAAAGUGCUGGACCUCCGAGGCAAGUUCAAGCGCCCACCCCUGCGUCGAGUCCGGGUCUCGGCUGACGCCAUGCUCCGGGCUCUGCUGGGUUCCAAGCACAAGGUGUCCAUGGACCUUCGAGCCAACCUGAAGUCUGUGAAGAAGGAAGACACAGAGAAGGAGCGACCUGUGGAGGUGGGUGACUGGAGGAAGAAUGUGGAGGCCAUGUCGGGGAUGGAGGGCCGGAAGAAGAUGUUCGACGGGGCCAAGACACCCACAGCUCAGUAG